AUGUUGGGAACGGCCUUUAUUGAUUCCUACCAAAAGUAUCAAGCGGUUGCCUUGGUUGGCAUCCAGGACUGGGCCGACCGACUGAGUUUUUCACACAGUACUGUCAUCCUCAUCAUCUGCACUGCCAUAGUUUCGGCCAAAACCUACAUUUUGAAACCUCUGGCCUGCCAUGUACCAACGGUGCCGACGGGCUCCAACUUCAAGGACUACAUGGCAUCGUACUGUUGGGUGCAUGGAACAGUGCCCAUCGGCAUAAAUGAAACCAUCCCAGAGGAUGAGGCCGGUUGGGAUGCCCUAGAGUUGGAGCGUAAAAUGGCUUAUUACCAAUGGGUACCCUUCGUACUCGGUCUGCAAACAAUUCUUUUCUACAUACCACACGUGAUCUGGCAGAACGUGACCUUCAACCGUCUGGGAACCGACCUCACUGCUAUCAUUACAAAAGCCAUGGACGCUCUCAAGACCACCGCCCCAGAGAAGCGAGAAGAGAAGAUUGCAAAUGUUGCAGAACGACUUGAACUGCUACUUUUCGCACACCGCGAUUAUCGCCGAGGCAAGAUGGCCGCCCUGGGUCGCCAGGUCUCCGACACCUGCAGUCUCCUGCUGGCUAGCAAACGCCUCGGCACCUGGACUGUCCUCUCUUACCUUUGCAUCAAACUGCUCUACCUGGCGAAUGCUAUUGGCCAGUUGUACCUAAUGAAGGAAUUUCUGGGCUACAGCGAGUCCAUGACACGUUUUAUGGUUCAGCUUACGACCUCCCUCAUUCAGGGAUCCGACUGGCGAGAAUCGCUCUACUUCCCACGGGUUGCCUUCUGCAGCGUGAAACUCCGCCACUUGGGUCAGGCGGACAACCGUUUUCUCGGCAUGUGCGCACUCGCAGUGAACAUGCUCAACGAAAAGAUCUACAUCUUCCUCUGGUAUUGGACCCUCCUGGUGGCUAUAUGCACAGGCGUCAGUAUUAUAACCUGGUUCCUGCGACUGACCAUAAGGAGGCGGAAGACCAAAAUUAUUCGCAAGUACCUUAAGCUCGGACCGGAACUGGAGCCUUCAGACUGUGAAAAGGAUCUCGAUGCGGACACCCUUGAUCCCGACGAUCCUCGUACCGUUGACCGGUUUGUCAAGGAAUUCCUUCGACUUGACGGUGUUUUUAUCGUCCACAUGCUCAAUUUGAAUGCUGGUGACAUUGUAACGGGAGAAGUUAUUCGCCUGCUGUGGAAGGCCUGGCUAUCUAAGGUUAGCUGUCUGGGGUUAGGUUUAUACAACUGCAAUUACCCCCGUGGGACUAUAUACUCUAUUCUUGCCUUCCGGUAUACUCAAUCACAGUGUCUUUCAGCUUAUUAUCAAUGGGUACCCUUCGUCCUCGGUCUGCAAACAAUUCUUUUCUACAUACCGCACGUGAUCUGGCAGAACGUGACCUUCAACCGUCUGGGAACCGACCUCACUGCUAUCAUUACAAAAGCCAUGGACGCCCUCAAGACCACCGCCCCAGAGAAGCGAGAAGAGAAGAUUGCAAAUGUGGCAGAAAGACUUGAAAUGCUGCUUUUCGCCCACCGUGAUGAUCGCAGAGGCAAGAUGGCUGCCCUAGGUCGCCGCGUAAACGACACCUGCAGUCUCCUGCUAGCCAGCAAACGCCUCGGCACCUGGACUGUCCUCUCUUACCUUUGCAUCAAAAUGCUCUACCUGGCGAAUGCUAUUGGCCAGUUGUACCUAAUGAAGAAAUUUCUGGGCUACGGCGACUCCAUGACGGGUUUUAUGAUCGCGCUCACACAUUCCCUCAUCCAGGGCUCCGAUUGGCGAGAAUCGCUCUAUUUCCCACGGGUUGCCUUCUGCAGCCUGAAACUCCGUCAUCUGGGCCAGGCGAACAACCGUUACGUCGGAAUGUGUGCGCUUGCGGUGAACAUGCUCAACGAGAAAAUCUACAUCUUCCUCGUGUUUUGGACCUUACUGGUGGCUGUAUGCACAGGCAUCAGUAUUAUUGUCUGGUUCCUGCGACUGACCAUAAGGAGGCGGAAGACCAAGAUUAUUCGCAAGUACCUUAAGCUCGGACCGGAACUGGAGGCGUCGGAGAAUGAAAAGGAGCUUGAUGCUGACACCCUGGAUCCGGACGAUCCUCGUACCGUUGACAGGUUUAUCAAGGAGUUCCUUCGACUUGACGGUGUCUUUAUCAUCCACAUGCUCAAUUUGAAUGCUGGUGACAUUGUAACUGGAGAGGUUAUACGCCUGCUGUGGAAGGCAUGGCUAAUGAAGUAUGCUGGGCGAAGAGACUUCAGCUAUGAUCCCUGGUGGCAGUACUCUUAUCCGUCUACUGAAGACUCACAGGAGAAACAUGAACUUACGGAAAAGCCUGACGCCUAA